UGGCAGUGUGAGCACUGUUUGUUUGUAUUGUCUCCUGCAGAAGAAAAGCUCUCAUGUGUUUCUGCUUCUAUUCAGAACUGAGCCAUGGACAGAAAACACAUGUCCGCAUUAUCUAUUUAUCAAACAUUAUCAAGAGGAGCAACAUCUGAAGUGCAGGCUAAGGCACCCGCAGCAAAGAAAAUCAAAAAGAAGGAGAAUGGCAUCCAAUUAAACAAGAAAUCAAAUAAAAAGAAAAGAAUGAAACCUCUGAAGUCCCGCAUGAGGCCCAGCAGCACUGACAAAUCUAAAGACGACUGUGAGGCAGAUGACGCUGAAGGUCCGGCACUUGACGCACUCCUGACGGAUCUGGCGAAGGUCAACAACAGCAGAGGUCGAGCCAACACACUGUUCCAGUGGCUAAUUCACCCAGUCCAAGACAAAAGCUUCUUCAGAGAUAAUUGGGAGAAGAAACCAAUGCUGAUCCAACGGCAGAAUCCAGAUUAUUACAAAGGACUGUUUUCUACCGCUGAGUUUGACCAGAUCUUAAGAAACGAUGAUGUGCAGUAUGGAGUAAACCUGGAUGUGACGAGCUACACAAAUGGCAAAAGAGAGACACACAACCCUUCAGGAAGAGCGUUACCGUACACAGUGUGGGAUUUCUACGAGAGCGGCUGCUCUCUCAGGAUGCUCAAUCCUCAAGCGUUUUCCUCCACUGUGUGGCAAGUGCUCUCCAUUCUUCAGGAGAAGUUUGGUAGUAUGGCAGGCGCAAACAUGUAUCUAACACCACCGGGGACACAGGGUUUUGCUCCUCAUUACGAUGAUAUAGAGGCUUUCGUUGUUCAGCUCGAGGGCAAAAAGCACUGGAGAGUGUACAACCCUCGUUCUGAAGACGAAGUGUUGCCGCUGGUGUCCAGUCCUAAUUUCAGUCAGGAGGCGAUCGGGCAGCCUAUCAUGGACGUGGUGUUGGAAGCUGGGGAUCUGCUGUAUUUUCCCCGUGGCUUCAUUCAUCAGGGUGACUGUCUGCCCGACGUUCAUUCGCUGCACAUCACAGUCUCCUCCUACCAGAGGAACAGCUGGGGAGAUCUGCUCCUGAAAUUGAUGCCAGCAGCUCUGGAGAUCGCGAUGGAAGAUGAUGUUGAGUUCAGGAAGGGGCUGCCGCUCGAUUACCUUCAGUUCAUGGGAGUUCAGAACUCAGAGAAGGAAGACCCACGAAGAGACAAAUUCAUUGCACACGUUCAGGGGCUGAUGAAGAAACUGAUACGAUCUGCGCCAGUUGAUGCUGCUGUAGAUCAGAAAGCCAAAGACUUUCUGCACGACUGCCUUCCACCUGUGCUGAACUCUGAGGAGAAGGCCGGCAGUGUGUACGGGGCUCCUGCUCGAUGGGGAGACUGUGAGGCCCUUAAUGUCACUGUUGAACUGAAGGGCCAAACCAAGAUCAGACUGAUCCGGGCCGGAGCUGCAAGGUUGUGCAGUGAUGGAGACACUGUGCGUCUUUAUUACACCACUGAGAACUCUAGAGUCUAUCAUAAAGAAGAACCCAAGAGCAUUGAGAUGAAAGCAGAGCACAUAGAUGCCAUGGAGUUCCUGAUUCAUUCAUAUCCCAAGUUUGUUUCUGUGGCCAGUUUACCAUGCGACACAGCGGAGGCUAAGAUGUCUCUGGCCGAGCUGCUCUUUGAGAAGGGAAUGAUCCACACAGCCGAACGUUUGACAGCUGAAUAAAAACAUUAGUUGUUGGCCAAAGAAAAUGAGGGUUCUACAUCAUAUGCUUUUCAUCUGUUAGAACAACAAUUUUUUUAAACUAAAAUGAUCAAAUGUGUAUAAAACAUUGAUUGAAAGCAAAUCAGUGUAUUUUUGAGGUGUCUUUUCUUUGUACCAGCUCUGUGGUAAAUGUGUGUGUAUAUACAAUUGGCCAAAAGUGAUGUCUGGAGGGGGUAUUUGUUUUCAAUGACCCUACAAGUUUGAUUAAACUAUCAAAAUAUAAGGGGGAAAAAAAUGUUUUUAAUAUGAAUGUACAACAAAACACUAAACUUGGUAAAGGUAUUUAUCUGACAAAAUUAUUUGGCUUAAUACAGCUUGGCCUGUCCACACAAUUUGUCAUAUUUUAUUUGUGAUAACGCAAUAAAACAAAUGACUCCAAGCACAAGUAUGCAAUUUGCUUACAAAAUCUUGAACAGAUUUUUAAUAUUUUAAUAAAUGGUGAAGAUCUCAAAUCUCCUAGGCUGGACAUCACUUUUGGCCACUACUUUUUAAUGUAUUAUUUACAUAAUAGAUGAAGUUAAAUGAACAGUUUAUUCAGUGUUUAUUAGCCAUUGUCAAAUCCAUCCAUAACCUUUGGGAAAACAAACAUUUCUGUAAAAUAGCUAAAA